GUCAAUUUACGUCGCUGCGUGACGUCAGAGCUGCUGCCACAAACGAGUACGGUAGAUGCAGAUGUGUGUGUCCGCGUAGCAGCCGAGCAAAAUUAGAGCUGAUGGACAACACAAGUCGACAUGAUACACAAUGACGUGGAGAAUGAUGACAAUUGGGUUGCGAGCGAUGAUGAUGAAGAGGAGGCUCCGAUGAGAUGUAGUUUCUCAGUAGAAGACCUCCUGGACGAGGUGGAGAAGAUCUGUUACGAUGCCUCAGGGACGUCUAAGGUUGAGAUGGUGGUGCGCCUGUGGAAGGACGGCUUCACUGUCAACGACCAGGAGUUCCGCAGCUACUCGGUACCUGAAAACCAGCAGUUCCUGGACGCCAUCAAAAGGGGGGAGCUCCCGGCAGAGUGGGAGAGUCGGGCUGAGGAAGAGGAGCUGGAGGUCAAUGUGGAGGACCUGACAGAAGAAGCCUAUGUUCCCAAAAAGAAAGUUUUCCACCCUUUCAGUGGGAGAGGAUACCGGCUUGGAAGCGUAGCCCCCAGAGUCGUGGCCAGGUCGCCAUCUGUGCACGAGGAUGGAGAAUCUCCUCCUAUUCCCAUGGUAACGCUGGACCACGCCCUCCCCGUGACCUCGCUGCAGAUCUGGUUGGCCGAUGGCAGGAGAUUGGUGCAGAGGUUCAACCUAUCACAUCGGCAACACGGUGGAACAAUGGUUAGCGCUCAUGCCUCAAGGCCUCGAUUCCUGGGAUCGGAGUCUUCUUGUGUGGAGUUUACAUGUUCUCCCCGUGACUGCGUGGGUUCUUUGGCUUCUUCCGACUUCCAAAGACAUGCACCUGGGGAUAGGCUAAUUUGAAACACAAAAUCGGCCCUGGUGUUUGUAUGUGAGUGUGAAUGUUUGUCUAUCUGUGUUGGCCCUGCGAUGAGGUGGCGACCUGUCCAGGGUGUAGCCUGCCUUCCGCCCGAGUGCAGCUGGGAUAUACUCCUGUUCCCCGGGAUGGUAGAAAAUGGAUGGAUGGAUAUAAUGUAUUCUUGUUAACCCGUGCUAUCGUUCUUGUGGUACUCAUUGGGCUAAAUCUAGGACCUCAGGCACUACAUUGUAUGUGUGUGCUGGUAAUGUAUGGCAAUAAAGUUAAUUGAAUGAUUGAAAAUGCAUAA